GGCCCUUCCCUUCUGCAGGAAAAGCUGCUGAGGCGGGCGCCAUGCUGCGGUGGCCUUUGGCCCUCACCUUCUUGUUGCUGGCAGUUUCCGGCCUCGAGUGCGAUGUGAAAGAAGUUUGUCUUGCAAGCCCUGGCAUCCCGGGCACUCCUGGAUCCCAUGGGCUUCCAGGAAGGGAUGGGAGAGAUGGAAUCAAAGGAGACCCUGGACCUCCAGGCCCCAUGGGCCCCCCUGGAGGGAUGGCAGGCCCCCCUGGACAAGAUGGGAUGAUUGGAGCUCCUGGACUCCCUGGGGAGCGUGGAGAAAAGGGAGAACCUGGUGAGAGGGGCCCUUCAGGGCUUCCAGCUCAUCUAGAUGAGGAGCUCCAGAGUGCACUCCAUGAGAUCAGACAUCAAAUCCUGCAGUCCAUGGGUGUCCUCAGUUUCCAGGAGUUCAUGCUGGCAGUGGGAGAGAAGGUCUUCUCCACCAAUGGGCAGUCAGUCGCUUUUGAUGUCACUAGAGAGUUGUGUGCCAGAGCAGGUGGACGCAUCGCUGCCCCAAGGAGUCCAGAGGAGAAUGAGGCCAUUGCAAGCAUUGCGAAGAAACACAACACUUAUGCUUACCUCGGCCUGGUUGAGGGCCCCACUGCUGGAGACUUCUACUACUUGGAUGGAACCCCUGUGAAUUACACCAACUGGUACCCAGGGGAACCCAGGGGUCGGGGCAAAGAGAAGUGUGUGGAGAUGUACACAGAUGGCCAGUGGAAUGACAGGAACUGCCAGCAGUACCGACUGGCCAUAUGUGAGUUUUGAGCAGGUGCCAGGCCACAGGAUGGAUAGGGUCCUGCCUUGCCUUUCAGCCUCCAUCCUGGGGAUCUCUUUGGUCUAUGAGAUGCUGGAACUCCUUUGUGGCUAUCAGAGUUGGAGGCAUUCUUGGCCACUUCACUCCCAGCUGGGCCCUGACUCCUCCCCCAUGAUCACUAAUCAGUCUGAUUCCUCUGGAACCCUUUCCUUUCACUGCACGCUAAGCAGCCACUCUAACGUUGCCCUUUCUUCCUGUUGUUGUCCAAGUCCUUCAUUUAUGGAUGGCAACAGUGAAGUCCUGGGAUGGAAGUUUCUUCAGAAAUCACACAGAGGGUGCCUGCUUCCUGGCUCCCUCUACUCUUUCUCUGCAGCCCACUGCCUGCCCAGCCUUAAAGAGAUUUGGCAGUUCUGGCCAAGCAUAGUGAUAGUCAGAUAGGCUUCUGGGACAUGCUAGAUGUGUGGGGCUAAGGGUACAUUUGGGAUCAUCUGGCAGCCUGAGGUCUGUGGGGGCACAUCUGUGCGGGCUCUUCAUGAGGUCAGAGGUCCAGGUCAUGCCUGAGCAUGGUAGAGGCCACCCCACCCCUAGUGAUUAGCAUGUAUUAUCCACUUCCUUGAGUCUUGGGGUGCCAGCUCAACUCCCUGAACUAAAAGCAGCCAGCCUACCUCUAGGGAAGAUCUUACCCCCAACCUUGGCCAUUGCCCCAGUGACUUCAUGACUCCCCACCACUUUGGACUUUCAGGGAAGUGUUCACAGCAUUCACCACAUCAUUAUCUACUAAACACAUACUAUGUAUCGAGCACCUUGCCAAGCACUUUUAAGACAUCUUAUAAAAUAUUACUGAAUCUUCACACAGUACCAAUGGAUGAGCAUUAUUUUCCCCAUUUUUUUAUAUGGGGAUACUGAACUUAGAAAAAAAGAGUUUUAUUAUAUGCAGCAAGUGGCAGAGGCUGGUUUCAAACCCAUCCACCUGGACUCAAAGCUUAUGCUCGUAACCACCCUACCCUCUCACUGAAUGGAGAUGAUUCAAGUGUAAUAAAUCAUGCAUGUGUUAA